AUGUCAGCAAAUAAAGACGAAGAGAAUGAUGCGAUGCGCUGGGCGGCUGCUUUGGGAAGCAAAUCGAGCCAUCCGUUAGCGGCAGCCAUUGUGACCGAGUUCACGGGAAAGUAUACUGCUUAUUUCGUGAAUGAUGUGGAAGAGAUCCAACUGCCUGACGUCAACAACUUUCGAACAAUGGAAGGCCGGGGUAUAUGUGGAGUUGUUGAGUAUCACUUUGUCGAUAUUGGCAACCUGGAAAUGCUGGAAAACUUGGGCGUGAAGCUAACCCCUGAAUUUGAGACUGAAUACGACCGACUCUGCGCCGAGAGCAAAACCGUUGUGUUCGUCUGUGUUGACGAGAAACUGGCAAUAAUGAUCUCUUUGGCAGAUGUCAUACGCGAGGAGUCUCAUGUGGCUGUAAGAUGGCUGCAAGACAUGGGCGUGCAUCUGGCUAUGUUGACUGGAGACUCCAAGGAGAUGGCAGCCGCUGUACAAAAGCAACUCAAACUCAAUUCCUGUAUCUCAGAGAUGAAGCCGGAUGAUAAGCUGAAAUGGAUUACGAAUAUGAAAGAGGAACAUACGCCCAGGAAGCACCGCUGUUGUAGAAGG